CUUGCACAAUCCCUGAAAUAAGUUGCGUUUGUUCGUACUUGUGAUCUAAAAACAAAUUUUACAUAAGUAAAAAUGUUGAAUGUGAAGAUCGUAGGAGAAUCCUUGAAAUGCAGCUUCAACACGCCGGUUUCUGUGCAAGAAUUAAAACAAGAAAUUGAGAGAGAAACAAAUCUUUCACGUGGUCAAUAUUAUGUCUUGCACAAUGGUCGACUCGUACAGGAAGAUGAUAUCUGCUCGAAUGGCUACGCAACUGUGGUUCCAAGACUGUUGGGUGGCAAAGGUGGUUUUGGAUCUAUGUUACGCGCGAUUGGCGCGCAGAUUGAGAAAACCACAAAUCGCGAAGCUUGCAGAGAUCUUAGCGGUCGCAGAUUGCGCGACAUAAAUGAAGAAAAGAGGCUGAAAGCUUGGAUUGAUAAACAGGCCAAGAGAGAGAAGGAUGAGGUGGAACGCAAGAAAAAGAAGCUAGAAAAACUCUGCACCGAGCCAAAACAUGAAUUUAAAGAUCAGCGUUAUGACCAGGAACGUGCAGAAUUGACUGAGAGAGUUGGAGAUGCCAUAGAAGAAGGAUUCAAAGUUGCGAGCACAUCGGGUAUCAAGAGGAAGCAGGAGGAGAACAAUAAACCCAAUAAACGCAAGACUAUGUUAGAUUUAGAAAUUGAUUCCGACGAAUUUGAGGAUUCUGAUGAGGAUGAGGCGUUGCCUGUAGAAAGAAUGAAAGCAAAAGAGCAACAAGGAUCAAAUGGCAGCGGACAUUCCAGUAACGAUGCCGAAAAUGUCAAUGAAUGCAUCAAGAUAAUAGGAAGUGGAUAUUCCAUAUCAUCGAGUGAUAAUCAGAUAAAUAACAAAAGUAUUGAGUAAUGCUAUUUAUUAAAAUAAAUACUAAAUGUAUUAUUGAGUAUUGAAUGUAAAUGCAUAAAAAGUACAAAAAAAAUUAUGUAAUUAUGCUUAUAUCACUUAAAGUUAGAGUAAUUGUUUUAUGUUAAGAUUGAUCUAUAUAAUUGCCUUAUUGUCGGAAAUAAUGUAAGCGCGUAAUUUCAAACAUAAUUUCUAUUAUAAAUAUUAAUUAUAAGUAUAUAUGAAGAAUUAUAACUUCUGAUGCAAGAAAUUUUUAUGUACCAUUUCUCACUUAUGAUAUUACGAUUCUAAUAUGGCGACUUAACGAAUGUGAAAUAAAUUACUGUAAAAGAA